AUGGCAUGGAAUUGUAUGGGGUUGAACUCAUCGAAUGAACCUACAAUUCCAUUUUUGCUCUGGACCAUCCGAAAAUUUUCAGUUAAUGUGGUUUUUCUGAUGGAAUCGAAGGCUAAUAGUGAAGUUGUGGAAUAUCAUAAUAAAAAACUGGGUGGGUCAAGGAGUAUACCUGGAAAGGAAAUGUUUAUGUAUUGGAGAAAAAGAUGGCAACUAGUUGAUGUUCCAUUCCAUGGAGUAAAUUAUACCUGGUGUAAUAACAGAAGAGGGGAGGGGUGUAUAUAUGAAAGGCUAGAUAGAGGUUAUGCUACGGAUGAAUGGUGUCAAAUUUUCCCAGAAGCUAGUAUUCUAAAUUUGCCAAUUUUAGUCUCAGAUCACUCCCCUAUUAUCCUUGAUAUCAUUAAUGCAAGAAAGAAAAAGAGUAGAGAGUUUCAAAUGGCUAAUAACAUAAUAUGGGAUCAUAUAAUGGACAUUUGUGAUAAUAUUCAAAAACAAAUCAAUGAUCAAGACCAGCUUAACAUCAAUGAAGGCAUAAAGCAAGAAAAAAUGGUGAAAGAAGAAUGUUUUGAGAAAGCUCUAGUUAAGCUGGCAUAUUGGAAACAAAGAGCUAAAGGAAAAUGGGUUGCUCUAGGGAUAGUAAUACUGCCUUUUGUCUUUCGAUGUGCAAAACAAAGAAAGAUAAUAAAUGAAAUCAGAAUGAUUCAAGAUGAUGAUGGUAACUGGGUUUCGGAGUCAGAAGAGAUCAAAAAUGUUAUUUGCAAGCAUUUCAAAUCUUUGUUUAAGCGGAUGAUAUUUUGGAGAGCAUUAGGGUUCUAG